AAAUUGCAUCUGACCAUCUAUAAAGGGACACAAUGCUAUAGAGUUACUGCUGAGAAGGAUCCCAUCUCUCCAAAACGGGUCAAAAAAAGACAGACAGACAGACUGAUGGAGGCAACGUCAAGGUCCCAUUUCACCCUUGUGGGCCUCCUGCUUAUCUCCUUCAUUUCACAAGUCUCCUCCAUCUCCUGCCCCCUUAACUGGUUUGCACAUGAGCAGUUUUGCUAUUACUUCUCCAGGACCCCCUUGAAUUGGUACGAUGCAGAGACAGACUGCAGAACCUAUGGAAAGAGUUCCCAUCUUGCCUCCAUCCUCAGCGAGCGUGAGCUGCGGGCCGUGUCGUCCUCUCUUCAGAUCCACUACGAUGAAGUUUAUCAGAUUUGGGUUGGACUGUUCAGCAGCUCUCGUGGGAAGUAUCGACUAUGGAGAUGGUCAGAUAACUCUGCCGUUGACUACUUACCCUGGGCAGCCAGCCAACCGUCCAACUGUAACAAAAAACAGAAUUGUGUUGAACUGUAUAGUAAAGACUACAUGUAUUUUAACGACGAAGACUGUGAGGUGAAGCAACCGUAUCUCUGCAAACUGUCAUUGUUUUGAUGAGGGAUCAGCACCCCACAGCCUCAAGAUGCUGAACACUAAGGAGACUAAGAACAUCUUCACAACUUCUUCCUUCUAUGGUGGCCUAGUUCCUUGUGUGCAUUCCAUCCUAAGAGUUAAAACUCCAUGGGAUGUCUCUCAAACUUUUUCUGGAGGGAGGAUGUUGAUGACAAUAAAUUGAUUCUUCUCCUAA